ACCCUGGACAGUCUGUUAUUCUAAAAUGUGACUUUUAAAAAAAAUAAUAAUUAUGAAGAACAUUGGAAUGAAGCAGCUGUAAUUAUAAACCAGAUCGACCACUUCCUGCUGUUGCAUGCAGUCUAGCAUUUUCAGCAUUCUCCUGCAAGUCUUCGGCAGGUAAGCUGUUCUUUUUUCUCCCAAGAGCAAAACAUUUUUGUAAAGUUCGUAUUGGUUUAAGAUUACAUCUUUGAUGCACACAAGUCAGAGAGAGCCAUUGGAAUCAAGCUAUCAUCUUUUAGUGCAGUUACUGUUUUAACGAGGACGCACCAGUCAUGGCUUUUGACCCACCUCGUGGAGACAAUGUCAGUUCUUCAGGCAGCAUAGCCUUCACAGCCAAGUUAAUCGAGUGUGAAAGCUACCCCUGCCACUCUGGAGUACUGAAGUUUCGCAAUGUGCUGAUCAACGAGGGAGGAGGUUACAACCCUGAAACCGGGGUCUUCACUUGUCCCUUGGAUGGCGUCUAUUACUUUAUUGUGCAUGCGUCUGUGUAUGGCCGUGGACAGUGUGGAAUUUUCAAGAAUGGAGAGAAAGUAGUGUCUUUGUAUCACACUUCUCUGCCCGACAAAUGUAGCCAAGUUGCAACUGUCAGCAGUGUGGUCAAGCUGUCCAAAACUGAUGAGGUGUCUGUGAAUCUUUGGGGUCCUGGUAGAAACGACAUCUUUGCAACAGCAGAUAAUGACACUGUCUUCUCUGGGUUUCGUUUGGGUUGAUCCUUUCUUUGUCCCAAUACCAGAGUAGAUUCUGCUAGAGUUUUUGUGAGCUACUAUCUAUCUUUUGGUUCCUUUUUGUUUUUCAUGUCACAAGUGAGUGGUGUCAUCAAUAAAUGAAAAGCACUGUUAUGAGCCAA